AUGGUCGGUAUUAAGGAUGUUAGGUGUAGUAACUCUGCACCUCAUCUCUCUUUCUCUACAGCCGAGAAACAUGCUGGUGUGUCCUGUGUGACAGCGUCAGUGGAUGACAUACAAUUUGAAGAGACUGCCAGAGUUGGACAAAUUAUCAUCAUCAAAGCAAAGGUAAACCGAGCAUUUAAUACCAGCAUGGAAGUGGGUGUCAAGGUUACAGUACAGGAUACCUUGACUGGAAUUCAGAAACUUAUUAGUAUGGCUUUCUCUACAUAUGUAGUAAGACCAGUUGGGGAUGAAAAGGUGAACUUAAAACCAGUAAAACUUCAGUCUCCAGAAGAUCAUCUGGAGCAUAGUCUGGCUACUGAGAGAAGAAGAAUACGACUGGACCAUGAACAUGUCUUUGAGACCCUAAUGCAAGAUAGUAGUAUGGAAGCUGGUCAUUGUGAUAAUGGAAGGGAUACAGAGGAAGAUACUAUUUCAACUGAUCUAACCCAUGUGCAGAGCAUUGAACUUGUCCUGCCACCUCAUGCAAACCAUCAUGGAAAUACAUUUGGUGGUCAGAUAAUGGCUUGGAUGGAGACAGUAGCUACUAUUUCAGCAAGUCGCCUCUGUCAUUCAAAUCCCACCCUGAAGUCAGUUGAUAUGUUUAAAUUCCGGGGACCGUCUACUGUUGGUGAUCGCCUUGUCUUCAAAGCAAUAGUUAACAACACAUUUCAGAAAAGUGUUGAGGUUGGUGUUCGUGUUGAGGCCUACAACUGUGAGGAGUGGACCAAGGGCCAAGCACGGCAUAUUAACAGCGCUUUUCUCAUUUUUAAUGCUGUAAAUGACAAAGGAGAGCUCCUCGCUUUUCCCAGAGUCAAACCCACUACAAAGGAUGGUUUGAGAAGGUAUCGUGGAGCGAUUGCACGCAGGAGAAUUAGACUAACCAGAAAAUACAUCCUCAGCAAUAAGGAAGACAUUCCUUCCUCUGAUCUCUGGGAUAGAAGUAACCAGGCAUACUUGAGUUAUAGCAAUGUAGCUACACUGACAGUGCUAGCAUCAAAAUGUGGAUGGGAAAUAACGAGCACUCUGGAUAAUAUAAAAAUAUUCACACAUGAAGAGAGUGACAUCUUGUCUGUCAAGGUAGAAAUGCAAGUGAAGAUACCAUCAAAUCUAGCUUUCAUCCUUUUGUCUGACUUCCGACUCCGCGGGCAAUGGGACAAACAUUACUUAACAUGUGAGGUCAUAGAGGAUGUGAAUGAAGAUGAGAAGAUCUAUCACAUUACAUCUCCAUCAGUGAAUGGCGAUAACCCCAAAGAUUUUGUAGUUCUUGUGUCGAGAAGACAGCCCUGUAAGACUGGUGACCCUUACAUAAUAGCAGUGAGGUCAGUUACUCUGACAACUGUGCCACCUUCUCCAAACCAUUGCAGAAAUGAAAUCCGAUCUGCAGGAUUCCUGAUCCAGACUGAUGACAACAACUCCUGUACAGUGUCUUAUUUUAAUCAAGUUACCGCUGGUGUUCUGCCUUAUCUUGCUGCAAAUCUCACUGGCUCAUCAAAAUCCAUUGAGGACACUGCUUUUUCGUGCAUCAAGUUUUUGGAGAAAGAAGAUAGCAAGAAUUACAAUAUUUUAAGUAAAAUAUCAGGGGAGCUCUAAAGAUUAUCGUAAAACAUUUUUAAGUGCUGCAUGCUGACAUGAGGAUUCUCAAUAUCUACAUAAUCUACCAGACUGAAACAUUUGAGCGACACAGUUCAUUUCAGCCCUGAUCCUGAGAGUAUUUGAGCACUUGCAACUCGCACUGAUUUAGGAAUUAUUGAUUCAUAUUUUUAAUUUUAAAUAGAAUGGGGACUAUUUCUUAUUAAUACCUCUCACUUGAAUUUGAUGGAGUUGCCCAGGCAUAAACGAGGGCAUAAUUUCUUACCAUUGUGGAAGGGCCUCUAAAUUCAGGUUUAAAAAGCUGGUCUUUAGCAAUGAUAUUGAAUCUUAUACAGGCUUUGGAAAGUGCUGUGAGAUCUAUUGAUGAUGACUGCCAUGGAAGUGCUAGGUGUUAAUAAUAUGAUAGCUUUGCAGAUAGACAGAACAAUAAAUAAUAAUGAUGAAUAAACAAUCUGGCCCAUACUAAAUUAUAGACUUAAAGGCAUGAUGGUUUCAGAGGCUUUUUUGUAUUAAACUGCUUUGAUUAAAAAAUGAUAUAGUGCUGGCAGUUAGACCUUAUUGUGAAUUAAUAUCUUUAGAUGGAUUUAAAGAAUAAAAGUUCAGGAAUCAUGUUGAAGUACCUCAGGGUUGCAUCAGAGGUUCAUGGUUUGGUGUAUUCAGUCUUUCUGAGCAGCUAACAUCCUAUCCAGCUCCUCCUGAAGUCAAUGGAAGGACUCCAUUGAUUUCAACUAGAAGCACAUUAAGCCCUGAGGAAAACAGAGGUAGUGUUUGUUACUUUAUCUCUAGCCUCAGCUCCUCCGUUACAGGUAACAGAGAUGGCUGGGAGGGACAGAAAUAAGAGGGAGCUGGUUAUUGCUCCCUGAUAUUCAUCCAACUUUAUGCCCCAAACAGUAAUCAUUUUCUUUCUAAGUAGCCCUCCCUCUCUCCUCCUCCCCCAAACAUUCUAUAAAACAGGGGUCAGCAACAUAUGGCACAUGCCAUAAGUGGCACGCAAGAUGAUUUUGAGCAGCACGCGCGAUGAACAUGCUCCCCCUCGCUCCCUUCUCCACCCAGAAUGGGGAGCCAUGCUGGUGAUCCAGCAUUGCGCCCCUCGCAAGAUUGAAGCCAGCGCCAGCUUCCUGCAACGGGGGAGAGCCCCAAGGUUCAGCAACGAAUUCAGCUUGUGGGGAAGCAUGCACACAGCUCCUCUCCUCCCCACAGGAAAAGCUGGAGCAGAGCCCAGGGUAGAAGACCAAGCAGGGUGCAUGGUGGAGAGUGCCCCUCCCCUCCUCCCAGGAGAGUGGCGCAUCUUAGGAUUAAAUCUUGGCAUGCCACUUUGGAAAGGUUGCUGACCCUUGCAAUAAAAACUCCAAAGCCCUCCCGUGCCACAGCAACUCGUUUUCUGCAUAUAAAAGCCUGAUCUAGCACUAGGCAAACAUGGCAGUUGCCUCUGGCUCCACACCACAACACUCCUCUGGAGCUAAGCUGCUCAGGCUUUUUAUUUAGCCCCAUGUGGCAGAAGUCAGGGCCACAGGCUUCAGCCUCAUCUGGUAGGGCUGUGGCUUUCUGGCCUGAGCCCCAGCAAGUCUAAUGCUGACCCUGCUUGAAGGACCCCCCUGAAAUCUGGUAGCCCCCUGGUUAAGAACCACUUGUUUAGUGCAACCAUUGGGUUGACUCAUAGUGGGCUUGCUCUGUAACUUGAGACCCUCUGUAACUUGAGACCAUUGCUCCUUGUUCUGCCAUCUGUCACCACUGAGAACUGCCUCUCUCCAUCCUCUCUGGAUCCAUAAGUAUCCAGCAGAGCUUCCUGUAGGUUAGUUACACUAUCCCAUUUCCUUCUUUUCUUAAAGUAGCCACAUACAAAUGCUCUUGGCAGGCUGAAGCACUGAUUGAAAAGUAACAUUGGUUACUUAUUCUAAUUUUGCAUUUGCCUGGUGUAAAAUAUACACUACACGCACCAUGUACUAUACGAAGAUUUUCAGUUACCUCUUCCAAUACUUUGCUGGUACAUAUUGUAUCCACAUUUGUGGAUCCAUUUGAAGGAUGUGUUUUUAGAGGUUGUAUAUUUUAUAAUCAGUCUAGUGAAUAAAUUGCUGAAAAAUUAUUAAAAAGUGUUAUUUGUUUUCUUUUGUAUCAUACUGAACCUAACUCUUCUCUAAUGCUUUACAAACUUAUACUGCCAAAACCUCUCCAUAAUAAACCACUCCCAAUAUCGAGACAAGUGCAAAGUAUGGGAAAAGGAGGAAUUUUAUAUACCUUCAAGUAUUUAGCUGUGUGAUACAAAAUUAUGUGUUGGUCCUACCUGAAAACAGAAACUACAGAAAGCACCACUGCUACAAAAAGUUUGAAGUCACAAGCUGGGCUUCCUUUUACGCUCUUCAACAUGACUCAGCAGUUGGUUGUCAGAGCUUGCCAUGUACUUUUAGGGUUCAAGAUGAUGAAAUUCAACAACUGGAAAGACAGCACUACCCUCUUGUUUCCAGA